UGCUCCGGGUCGUCAUGGCAACGUUGUUUUUCUCUUUGCACUUGCAGUUUGAGUGCACCGCAAGUCAAAUAAGAGUCAAAGAAACCCGGGAGGCUCACUAAGCCGUUUACUGCUUUUGUGCUGUUUAAUCAGUUGUUGUAAUACAACAAUGUGGGUAAAGCUGAACUUUAACAGGAUGUGGAAAAGAGCUGUCAGCUAAACCGUGUAGAAAAGAAGCCAACCGGUUCCAUUGAAUGCUGGGAAAAAAGGGAAAAAAAUGUCAGGUAAUGACCUCCCACCGAUAUAUCAAUCGACAUUCAGGACCAGAUUUGAAUUCAACAGGAAAGCGGUUUCUCCACGACGUCGUCCACUAGGAUACCCGGUGCCUGCUGUUUCUCUGAUUGUCAGAGGAAGAACGCCAAAUGCGUCCCAUUUGAGCGAGGUGGAUCCCCAAAUCAUAUCCCUCCAGAAGAACAUCAAAUAUCUGCAACAACAACAAACGGAAACUCUCGAGAAGCUCCACGCAGAAGUGGAAUUUCUCAAAAGGGAGAAUAAAGAGCUGAAGUACAGAUUGACUAUGGACUCAAACAAAGCAGGCAAAAAAGGAAUAAUGUUCGGCCGAAAUGCAAGAUCCCCCUGUCAAGGGGCCCACUCCUUGGAGGAGCUGCUUGAUGACACAUUGUUUCAAGGCCAAGCUUCAAGGGAGGCUAGCGAAAGUCCGCGAACUGUACGACUAAACCAUGGUGGAGAAUUAACAGGGCUGCGAAAGACCAUUUUAGGGCCUGUAAGAAUCGACAGCGGUCCAUCUGAACUGCCACACCCUUCUACAAUGCAGGAGUGUGAGGCCAUCAUCCAACAGCUGUUCAAUGUAAACAGUUCACAGACUCAGGAAAUUGGACGUCUGAAGGCGCUGCUUAGUGAUAUAAUUCUGAGCAAGAAAAUCACCCGGGAACACCAAAUUUUGAGCAAAGCCUACCUUGGUGAUGAACCAUGCAAACCUGGUGAAGAGAAGAUAUUUCCCAAACGUGGUUCUAACCCAGUUCCGGCCAUAGCACCCUCUCGCCCUGGUGUAGCUCUCCGUGGCCCGAAGCAGAGCAUCAAUUCCAAUGCUGCAAACAGACAGAAGAGGCUCAUGUCAAUUCACAGACACCACUUCCAACAGGGUUCCCACUGACUGGAAAGAAAGGCCAAAGUCUGGGUUUUUUCAUGGCCAAAAACUUUGGUCACUAACACAUCUUUAUUAAAGACUCAUUAAAAACAAAUACUAAGCCAUAAUAAAAAUUCUAUUAAAUUGAAAUAUUAUUUUAAUAUAACUUUGAAAA